CCCUGAAACACUUGGGAUGUGGAUAAAUAAACCUUUCCCAGCCCCACAUUCUGACGCUGCACUUGUCCCGGGCAGCCCACCCACGCCGGUGCCUCCAUCCCCUCGCCCUUCCCGGGAUCAGCCCCGUUGUUUCCGAGAGUUAAGGACCAGCAGGAGGAAAUGCGUAAGCGGGGUCGCUGCUGCUGCUGCUGCUGCUCCAGCACGGCUCUGGAACUGCGGGGUGGCACUGAGCUGGCAUGGGCACCCUCGGCAUCGCCAGGAUUGGGACCCUCGGGUGGCUCCUGCUCUGCUGUGCCUUCUGGGGGCUCUGCCUGAGCUCGGACUAUGAUGAUUACUCCCARAACAGCACCAACGAACAGGCCACCACACCAGAGGCCACGCCGUGCCCCCGAGCCAUCCCGGGCGAAAAGGCCACGGUCAACAACAUCACGUACCUGCUGAUCCCCGCGGCCACCCGUGCCCAGCUGGGCAGCGCGGUCACCGUGCUCCUCAUCCCGAGCCUCUACAGCCUGGUGCUGCUGCUGGGGCUGCCGGCCAACGCUCUGGCUCUCUGGGUGCUGGCCACCCGCACCGAACGCCUGCCUUCCACCGUGUUCCUGAUGAACCUGGCCGCUGCCGACCUGCUGCUGGUCUCCGUGCUGCCCUUCAARAUCUCCUACUAUUUCCUGGGCAACCACUGGCCUUUCGGCGAAGCGCUGUGCCGCCUCACCACGGCUUUCUUCUACGGCAACAUGUACUGCUCCGUGCUGCUGCUGGCCUGCAUCGCCGCCGACCGCUACCUGGCCGUGGUUCACCCCUUYUCCUCCCGAGCUUUCCGCACCCGCGCGUUCGCCGCGGGCACCUGCGCCGGGGUCUGGCUGUGCUCGGCCGGGCURACGCUGCCGCUGAGCCUGCAGCGGCAAUCCUACCCGCUGCUCGGGGCAGGGCUCACUCUGUGCCACGACGUGCUGCCCCGGCAGGAGGACGACGCUUUUUAUUUUUAUUAUUUCGCGGCGCUGAUCGGCUGCGCUUUCGCGCUGCCGCUGCUGCUGCUGCUGCUGAGCUCGGGCGCGGUGCUGCGCGUUCUCCUGCGCGCCGGCCGCCGCUACGGGCAYGCCGCCAAGCUCACGGUGCUCGUGGUGCUGGCCCUCGUGGUUUUUUACGUGCCCAGCAAUGUCCUGCUGCUGGUUCACUAUUCCAGCGCCUGCUCCGAGCGGCGCGGCCGCCUGUAUUUGGGUUACAUGGUGAGCCUGGCGCUCAGCACCUGCAAUAGCUGCGCGGAUCCGUUCGUCUAUUAUUACGUGUCCGAGGAUUUCCGCGAGAAGGUCAGGAGGAGAGUGUUCGGGAGCAGCAAAAAAAGCGCCACGUCCAUGAAGACCUCCAAGGAAACGCUGCCCCGCUCCAAGGAUUCGCUGGUGUGAGCCUCCAGCCCGGCUCUGCGCUCCCGGGGGAUCAGGGUGAAUCCCAGCGCUGGAAUUUCUCGGGUUUCACCCCCAGAGAGGAGCCAAGGGCUUUUCCCUGUCUGCAUAGAUGAGGAUGAACAAAACCAGGCUGGGGGAUUCUUUGCCAGGUGUGGAGCCCAGUCCUUUAAGGGGACACCUCCUGCAGCUUCUCAGCUGCUCACACACCACUGGGAAUGUCUCUAUCCCAACAUUUGGCUCUGGUUCCUAAAUUCGCUCCCUGCCUGCCAGUCAUGCUCACUGUCCUUAAAUGAAUAUUCCCCUUCCCCUUAAUCUGAAAAAGAAUAGGCAUUGCAAYCCCAAAUUUCUAAAUGUUUCAAGAGAUAAACACCAAAUUUCUAGAUGUCUCAAGAGAUACUUUCCUGAACUAAACCAGUCUGUCAAGGGAGUGCAGAGCACUGGUUUGUGGGGCCAGGACAUUUUUGGCUUGAUUCUAAGCUGCCCUGCAGCAAUGUCAGCUCAUUGUGCAAAAUUAGGUAUAAAAGGUAUAAAAAUCCCAUUCACUCUUCCCUGUUUUUGCAAAAGACCCUUGGCACCCAUCAUUUCUUUGAGGCAAAGGUUGUAUUAAUGGAUUUUGUAACAAAAUUACAUCUCUCGAAGGGAAAUGGUCAAGCAGGAAAGGAGCAAACCCUCUGAUACUCCACACUUCCUUCGGGUAAUGCCAUCCCCAGCCAGAAGCUGUCUCUGAAGGAAAGAGCUGCUCAGGUUUGAGAGYUGGAGGCCAGGGGGAAAUGAAUAAAGCAGCCAGGAAAAACCCAGCCCAGUUAUGAACAACCUGACAAAAUGCAGCCAGCUCAGCUCUCAGACACACCUGGAGCUCAGCCCURGGAGCAGCCAGGUAGAAAAUGAGCAGCAAACCUCCUCAGAGCUCCUCAAUCCUUUCGCUUUCCCAGCACAGGCUGCACAGCCUAAAGCGCRAAUAAGAGGCAGACAGGAUUGUCUUAAAAUCAGUUUUUAAUAAAAUAUUUAUCAGAAUCUAAAACAAACACUUUUCUGGACUCAGACUUGCUAAGAUGUGUGUGAACAAACCAAAGAGCUGCUCAGAGAGCUGUCUGUGUGUGUGGGAGGGACAAAAGGCAGGUGGGACACCAGAGCUGGGCUCCGGGUGCUGGGCACUCAGAAACAGCAGGGACUAAAAAAACCCCAAACCCCAGCCCAGGCUGGCAGAGGUUUUCUAAAGAGUUGCUCUAUUCCCAAUAAUGAAAACCAGGUUAUUGUGCAUUAAAUGUCAGCAGUCAGGGUGAGCAAAGCGAGUGCUGGUGCGCCGAGGAAGUUUUUCAAGCAAGCUGAACAUUUCUCUGGUAUUUGUUUCCUACUGAGGCUGAUUAAAAAGGGGGGGGGAAAGAGUCAAGACAAAAACAUUGGGAUGAGAAAGAACAAAAGGAACUAUUGCUUUAAAAUAAAUACCACGGCAAUGAUUACUCUGCAUAAUGUACAGUUACAAAUAUAUAAAUAUUAAUUUCCUUGGGAGRAUUGCAAGCGUCGAUCACUGAUAACUAGCACUGCUGCAGCUACUCAGUCACAGAACUCGAUGGGAGAAGCAAUUUUCUGUGUCUUACAAACCCACUUUGCUCCUUUUGCAAUGAGGGACCAUCAGGAAAAAGGAAAGGGAAGCAUCUGACAGAGGGAGRG